CUCCACACGAAGUUUCGUUUGGACGCGUCAUCCCCUUUGGUACGGGAAAAAACAACAACAACAUCCACAACAUCAGAUCUACACGAAGACAAUCUUAAACUAUGUUGUAUCGUUGAAAGUGCUAAACAUUAUCGACAGUGCGUGUGCAAAAGAGCAAGAACAAUCCGAUUCGAAGAGUCCAACCUGAGUGGUCAACGAUGGCCAUGGAACUCAGUUCGCACAAUCCUAUGCCUUUGGACUUUAGCAGUGGUGCAAUCCGCGGAAACUCCGGAAGUCCCGUGAACCAUCAUCAAGCAGAUUCUGCACCUUCCAGUCCGCCGGGUAGCAGCGCGUUCCGAAUUGUCACGCCGAAGGGAAGAGAAGGCGAAAGACCGCUUUCUCCCUUACAAUUUCCUCCAACAGGAUUCGCAUCGUACUGCAGAAACCUAUGGGGAUCUCCGGUUUUGGCUGCUGGUCCAAGAUACAUCUCACCUUUAUCACAGCCCCACAUCAUCGUUCCGGAAAAGCCAAAUGAAGCAAUAAAGUUCGGCAUCAACCGUUUGGUGAAAUCCGACGAUGAGGAAGAGCAACCGUUGAACAACAAUACGAAAACAUUUCUGCAUCAUGAGGGAACAACAAGUUGCUACAGCGGAGACGAGCAUUCUCCGAAAACAAAGUGGGAAUCGUCACCUGCUAGGCCAUCGCCGACGACGUCUCCGGAACUGGAGGUCGAUUCACCGCCUCCUUCACGUACAAAUACCCCAUCUCCAAGACCACCUUCCAUUACCGAAAUCCCCAAAACAACUCCGACGCCGCUGAAAAAAUCUGAGACUUUCUCCGUCAGCGCUCUGCUACGUCCCGACAAUCCCAAAAGCAAAACCGACCCGUGCUAUCAGGAAACCAUCUCUGUCACCCGCUCCUAUCUCUACCCACCUUUCGCCGACUUAAUACGCGAUUCCCAAAUGAAGCAGGAUUACAACAAUUUUCUCCCACGCAACUUCCUCCACCCAGGUUUCCUUCAACCGAACAUGUAUCCGCCGCGGGAAGGUGAAGAACGUUUUCUUCCUAAUCCCACGUCUCUAUACUUCAGCGCCAUGGCUGCGGCAAUGGCGAACGGACAAUCGACUACCCAAAACCCUUAUCCGCCUCCCCCGACCACUGAGGAGCUUUUCAAACUUCGACACCUCAUGAACAAUUCAACCGGGGUCCAUCCGCACCAUCACCACCUUCUCAUGCGACCCGGAAUGGUGCCCAUCGGAGACGUCUACUCGUGCAUAAAAUGCGAAAAAAUGUUUUCCACCCCUCACGGACUCGAGGUUCACGCCAGACGCUCUCACAACGGCAAACGCCCUUUCGCCUGCGAACUUUGCAAUAAAACUUUUGGACACGAAAUUAGCCUCAGUCAACACAGGGCCGUGCACAACGUCGAAAAAGUUUUCGAAUGCAAACAGUGCGGGAAAUCGUUCAAGAGAUCCUCGACGCUAUCGACCCACCUGCUCAUACACUCCGACACUCGGCCCUAUCCCUGUCAGUUCUGCGGAAAGCGUUUCCACCAGAAAUCAGACAUGAAGAAGCACACCUACAUCCAUACAGGUGAAAAGCCACACAAGUGUACAGUAUGUGGAAAGGCGUUCAGUCAGUCAUCGAACCUGAUCACUCACUCCAGGAAGCACACUGGGUUCAAGCCGUUCGCAUGUGAUCUGUGCGGAAGAGCAUUCCAGAGGAAAGUUGACUUGAGGAGACACAAGGAGACCCAGCACACCGAGCUGAGACCUAUAGUGACAUAGUGCCAGAAUCCCGGAGCUGGUGUUGACCAUCAGCUUCCGGUUUCGGACAGCAGAAACGAGGCGAGCGUAGUAGAUCUGCGGCCGGAGCAGCAGACCCUGGUGCAGCUGCAGAUCCCGAACAUCUCCAACCUCGAGCACAGGACGCCGCAGUCCUUGAUCCAUUUCAAUGCGGAAUCGCGAGCUGCGGCCGCCGUCGCCGCCGCGGCCAUCCUGAGACCUCCAACCUUCUCAAACCCCCCAUGGAAUUAGAGACUCUCAAGUAGAAAACCAAAUUGUAAACCAAAGAAGUUUAACAAAUAACUCUCUGUGAUUUUGCUAAAUGAAACGCGAGGCCAUAUUAAAUAUGGUGCUAAAUUAAUUUAUUCCGACUAGAGAACGGAUAUACCAAUUUAAUUAAUUUUAUAUUUAAAUUAAGGUGUUGAAUGUGCAAUUUUAUUCUCUCAUACCUAGUGCAAUUGUUUUUUUUUUGUUUUUCCCUCCCCUAUGUAAAUAUAUAAAUAUAAAUAUUAUACUCGUGCUAUAAAUAUAUAUAAAAGUUUAACCACCAUCAAUUCUACGAUGCUACUUGACCAAAGAUUUUAGCUACAGACAUAUCAACAGCAUUCCGGUCAGAUUUUUGCCACAUGCAGGCAAGGACGUGGAUCUACUUUUUCUAUCUCUCUCUGUAUGUGUGUGUAUACCUUUUUUUCUUCUUCUUCGUUCGCUUUCCGGGCGAACAAAUUGUUUCGUUCUGAGGGAUCCGGGGUUCGGGAUAUAUCCUGAGGGAGGGCUGCAGCCGACCCGGCACGGCGGCCAUAUCUUUAUUUACAACAGAGCGGAAACGCUUCCGGAAUAUUAACGAGGCCAACUCCUGAUUGAGAGCCCGGAUUUUAACCAAAGUUCCUGGGGAACUGUGAAUUGAAAUCGCAUCGCGUUCCGUGAAGGAGAAACAGAUUUCGCCGAAUAUAAAAAUUUCCAAAUUGAUUUAUCGGCGGAUGCGCCGGGCUCUUGGAAAUCGCGUAACCCCAUCUGCGGUACGACGAUACAAAUGAGAUUACGGGGAAAGCUGAAAAUUCGAAACCGCACGCCUGAUGCGAUAAUGAACGACAUUUGCAUAAAUAAUGGAAGAAGAAAAAAAA